GAGGGGGCCGAGCCAGGAGCCAUGUGCCCAAUAGACGGAGAGCAGAGGCGGGACGUCCAGGUCGCGUCUCCCGUCACUAGGGAAACCGAUGCAGCCCGAGGCCGCGCAGGAUGCCGAGCGCCGAGGAGCAGGCCGCUCUGGCCUCGGAGAACGCGGACUACGAGCCCGGCGCAGACCCGAGGCUGCGACUCCUGGGGACCUACGUGGCUCGGAGCCUGCGGCCGGCCGCGGGCGCCUGGGAGAGCUGCGCAGGGAGCGCCGAGGCGGAGCGGCUGCUGCAGGCCUUCCUGGGCUGCGAUGCUGCCGAGGGGCCGCGGCCGCUGCUGGUGGUGCAGCCUGGGCCCGGGGGCCUGGCGCUGCGACCCGGGCUGGACGCGGGACCCGAGCCCGGCCUGGCUCGCGCUAAAGGGCUAUUUUUCCUGCGCACCAGGUCCGAGCCUCCAGGAACCCACAGCCUCCGCGGCGCGGUGCUCUGCGGGGACCUGCCCGCGGCGCCUCUGCAGCAUCUGGCCGCACUGUUCUCCGAGGUCAUUAUACCUGUCUUAGCCAAUGAGAAGAACCAUCUAGAUUGGCCCCACAUGGUAUGUCAGGACAUCAGACACCACUCCCACGCCUUGCAGUGUGGCCUCCUGGUAAUCCUUGAGCAUGCAAAGGGAAGAACCUUACUGCCUCUUCCAGUUGGCACAGAAAAAAUGGAGUUCAUUGACUGCCGAAAUGAGCCAGUCUUGGAUUCUGUAGAUAAGUCAGUUGUCUAUGCCAUUGAGUCUACAGUGAUCAAAUGGAGCCACCAAGUCCAGGUGGUACUCAAGAGAGAGUCUUCUCAGCUGCUCUUACAAGGGGAGAAUCCCACCCCCAGGGUGGAGCUGGAAUUCUGGAAGAGCAGGUAUGAGGAUCUCGAACACAUCUAUAAUCAACUGAGGACAGUGAAGGUGAAGGGCAUGGCUGGACUCCUGGACAAACUUCAGAGCAGCUACCUGCCAGCUUUCAAAACCAUGUGCAGAGACGUUGUAGCAGCUCUGACAGAGGCCCAGGAUAUUCAUGUACACCUGUUACCACUCCACCAACACCUGGAUGCUCUGGAGAGCCUGGAGUUUCCUGAGGUGAAAGCCAGGCUGCUGCCUCUACUUCACGUGGUCUGUCUGAUUUGGGCCAAUUGCAAAUGCUACCGCUCUCCAGGGAGGCUCACGGUCCUGCUCCAGGAAAUCUGCAACCUCCUCAUCCAACAGGCCUCUAGUUACCUCAACCCAGAAGACCUCCUGAGAAGCGAGGUGGAAGAAAGUCAGAGAAAACUGCAAGUGGCCUCGGACACCUUAAGCUUCUUGAAACAGGUGUUUCAGGAUAGAAGGGAAUAUCUCUACACUUACUUCAAAGAGAAUGAGGAAGUCAGAGAAUGGGAUUUCCAGCCCUCUUUGGUCUUUGUACGACUGGAUGGCUUCUUGGGCCAACUGUGUGUGGUGGAGGAUCUGAUGAAGACAGCCUUGGACUUCAGCAAGCUGGAAAGGCUUGAGUUCAGUGGCAUCCGAGGGAACGUCCUGAGUCAGCAGGUCCAGCAAAUGCAUGAGGAGUUUCAGGAGAUGUACAAAGUCUUCUCGGAAUGCUCCUACAACUGCUUGGACCCCCAGAGCACGGAAUUUGAAAAUGACAUCUCUGAAUUUAACCAGAAAGUAGAAGACCUUGAUCGUAGACUGGGGACUAUCUUGAUUCAAGCUUUUGAUGAUAUACCUGAUGUAGAGCAUGCAUUUAAGCUGCUAGACAUAGCAGGAAACCUUCUUGAAAGACCCCUGGUAGCACAGGAUACAUCACAUAAAUACCUGGUCCUCAUCCAAAUGUUCAGCAGAGACCUGGAUGCCGUGAGGAUCAUCUACAGUCAGCACAUCCGGGAUGAGGCAGAACAUGGAUUCUCCCCUGUGCACAAGAACAUGCCCGCCAUGGCUGGAGGCAUCCGCUGGGCACAGGAGCUGAGGCAGCGCAUCAAGGGUCCUUUCAGCAGCAUCACACACAUCACACAUCCGUGUAUGCAAUCUGCUGAAGGAAAAAGAAUGAUACAAAAAUAUGAAGAUUUGCUGUCACUGUUGGAGAAGUAUGAGACAGGACUUUAUGAGGACUGGUGUCAGACAGUGUCAGAGAAGUCACAGUUCAAUCUCUCCCUGCCACUUCUUCAGCGUGACCCCAACACAAAGCAGAUCUCUGUCAACUUUAACCCACAGCUGAUUUCAGUGCUGAAAGAAAUGAGCUACCUAGAGCCCAGCGAGAUGAAGCACAUCCCCGAGGCUGCAGCAGCCCUGUUUUCCUCCAGGGAAUUCUAUCGGCAGCUUGUGGCCAACUUGGAGUUGAUGGCCAAUUGGUACAACAAGGUUAUGAAAACUCUGCUCGAGGUGGAAUUUCCGUUAGUGGAGGAAGAACUACACAAUAUUGAUCUGCGCUUGAGAGCUGCAGAGGAGACUCUGAAUUGGAAAACAGAAGGCAGUUGGGAUUAUGUCCUUCAAAUCAGCAAGAGCAUUCAUGAUCUGGAACAAAGAAUCCAGAAAGCAAAAGACAAUGUGAAAGAGAUUCAGAGCAUCAUGGAAACAUGGGUGUCCCCAGUAUUUAAGAGGAAAGAAGGGAAAAGAGAAUGUGUUCUUUCCCUGGAGGAUCAACAUGACCGCAUGGGGAAAUAUUACAGUCUCAUCAGAGAAUCUGGCCACAGGAUUCAUGCUCUUGUCCAGGAAAACCUGGUUCUGUUUUCAGCAGAUCCAUCCUCCAGCAUCUGGAAGACUUAUGUUAACUAUAUAGAUGAAAUGUUGCUGGACGGAUUCUUUCUUGCCAUCGAAUGCUCCCUCAAGUACCUACUGGAAAACACUGAGAAUAAGGCUGGACUCACCCCAAUAUUUGAAGCAGAACUCAGCCUUGCCAUCCCCGAAUUAGUUUUCCAUCCAUCUCUGGACUGUGGAGUGAAGGGGGGCCUCCAUGACAUCAUCGAGAGUCUCGUCAGCAGCAUUUUUGCAAUCUCAUCCCUGGUGCCCCGGCCCUCCUCACACGAUGGCUCAUCACACUAUCAGAGUGACCUGGAGGGUAUGGCCAACUUGGCCAGGCUGCGGAGCAUGCUCAUGGAGAGAGUACAGAAUGUGAUGACCCUUUGCUGUGGCUACCGGAAUACCUUCAGCCAGUAUUCCUACCUCUAUGUGGAGGACCGGAAGGAGAUUCUUAGUCAGUUUCUGCUGUAUGGGCGUGUCCUUACACCUGAGGAAAUGGAAGCCCAUGCAGAAGAUGGCAUUCCAGAGAAUCCACCCCUCCUCCAUCACUUCAAAGCACAAAUCGACUCCUAUGAAAAGCUCUAUGAAGAGGUGGGCAGCCUGGAGCCCACCAAGGUGUUUGAUGGCUGGAUGAAAGUCGAUGUGCGACCCUUCAAGGCAUCUCUGCUUAACAUAAUUAAGAAGUGGAGCCUCGUGUUCAAACAGCAUCUUGUUGACUAUGUCACUAACAGCCUGGCUGACCUUGAGGAAUUUAUAAAAAGCAGUGAGAGUGGUUUGCUCAAGAAAGUGGAGAAAGGAGAUUUCCAAGGAUUAGUUGAGAUCAUGGGACACCUUGUAGCCCUUAAAGAACGGCAGAGCAGCACUGAUGAGAUGUUUGAGCCCCUAAAGCAAACUAUUGAAUUGCUGAAGACCUAUGAACAGGAGCUGCCCGAAGCUGUGUUUAAGCAACUGGAGGAACUUCCUGAGAAGUGGAACAACAUGAAGAAGAUGGCCAUUACCGUGAGGCAGGAGGUAGCCCCACUGCAGGCGAAUGAAGUGGCUCUCCUCCGCCGGAGGUGCACAGCCUUCGAUGUUGAGCAGCAGCAGUUCUGGGAGCAGUUCCGAAAAGAAGCCCCCUUCAGAUUUGAUAGCAUCAACCCACAUCAAACUCUGGAUGUCAGAAAUAGGGAGAUCCAGCACAUGGAAUCCAUCAUGGCCGCCAUCUCUGAGUCCGCCGAGCUAUUUGAGGUCAAUGUUCCUGACUACAAGCAGCUGAAGCAGUGCCGGGAGGAGGCUUGCCUGCUGAAGGAGCUCUGGGACACCAUUGGAAUGGUGACCUCCAGUAUCCAUGCCUGGGAGGCCACCAAGUGGAGAGACAUCAACGUAGAAACCAUGGACUUGGAGUGCAAGCGGUUCGCCCGGCUCAUCCGGAACCUAGACAAGGAAGUCAGAGCCUGGGAUGCAUUCAUAGGUCUAGAAAGUACUGUGUUGAACACUCUGACCUCCCUGAGGGCUGUGGCUGAGCUGCAGAACCCUGCCAUCCGGGAACGGCACUGGAGGCAGCUGAUGCAUGCCACGGGUGUGAGCUUCACCAUGGAUCAGGACACUACCCUGGCUCACCUUCUUCAGCUGCAGCUGCACCACUUCGAGGACGAGGUCCGGGGCAUCGUAGACAAAGCUGUGAAAGAAAUGGGUAUGGAGAAGACAUUAAAGGAGCUGCAGACCACCUGGGCCAGCAUGGAAUUCCAGUACGAGCCCCACGCACGGACUCACGUCCCCCUGCUGCAGUCGGACGAGGAACUCAUUGAGGUUCUGGAGGACAAUCAAGUGCAACUUCAGAACCUGAUGAUGUCCAAGUAUGUUGCUUUCUUCCUGCAGGAAGUGUCAAGCUGGCAGAAGAAGCUGUCCACUGCUGACGCAGUCAUCUCUAUCUGGUUUGAGGUGCAGCGUACCUGGUCUCACCUGGAGAGCAUAUUCAUUGGAUCCGAGGACAUCAGGGCUCAACUACCCCAGGACUCUAAACGAUUUGAAGGCAUUGACACUGACUUCAAAGAGCUGGCAUACGAUGCUCAGAAAACCCCAAAUGUCGUGGAAGCCACCAACAAGUCAGCUCUCUACGAAAAGCUAGAGGAUAUUCAGAGCAGAUUGUGCCUGUGUGAGAAAGCCCUUUCAGAGUACCUAGAUACCAAGAGGCUUGCCUUCCCUCGGUUCUACUUUCUCUCCUCCUCUGACCUGCUAGACAUCCUUUCCAAUGGCACAGCUCCACAACAGGUUCAACGUCACCUUUCCAAACUCUUUGACAACAUGGCCAAGAUGCAGUUCCAGCUAGAUGCCAGUAAGAACCCAAUCAAGACAAGUCUUGGUAUGUACAGCAAAGAAGAGGAGUAUGUGGCCUUCAGUGAACCCUGUGACUGCAGCGGGCAGGUAGAAAUAUGGUUGAACCACGUUCUUUGCCACAUGAAGGCCACAGUGAGACAUGAGAUGACAGAGGGAGUAACUGCCUAUGAGGAGAAGCCCAGGGAGCAGUGGCUAUUUGACUACCCAGCUCAGGUGGCCCUGACCUGUACUCAGAUCUGGUGGACGACAGAAGUGGGCAUUGCAUUUGCCAGGUUGGAAGAAGGUUAUGAAAAUGCCAUGAAGGACUAUUAUAAGAAACAAGUGGCCCAACUCAAAACCCUCAUCACCAUGCUAAUCAGCAAGCUCUCCAAGGGGGACCGGCAGAAGAUCAUGACCAUAUGCACAAUUGAUGUGCAUGCCCGAGAUGUAGUGGCCAAGAUGAUUGCUCAAAAGGUAGACAAUGCCCAGGCUUUCCUCUGGCUGUCCCAGCUACGUCAUCGUUGGGAUGAUGAGGCCAAACACUGCUUUGCUAACAUCUGUGAUGCCCAGUUUCUAUAUUCCUAUGAGUAUCUGGGAAAUACACCUCGCCUGGUGAUCACACCUUUGACUGACAGGUGCUACAUUACCCUCACCCAGUCUCUGCACCUGAUCAUGAGUGGGGCUCCAGCAGGACCUGCAGGCACAGGCAAGACAGAGACCACCAAGGACCUGGGCCGAGCGUUGGGCAUCAUGGUCUACGUGUUCAACUGCUCAGAGCAGAUGGACUAUAAGUCCUGUGGCAACAUCUACAAAGGCCUGGCUCAGACUGGUGCCUGGGGCUGUUUUGAUGAGUUUAACCGAAUCUCCGUGGAGGUCCUAUCUGUGGUGGCAGUACAGGUGAAAAGCAUCCAGGAUGCAAUUAGAGACAAGAAACAGCAGUUCAACUUCCUUGGAGAGGAGAUUAGCCUGGAUCCAUCUGUGGGCAUCUUCAUUACCAUGAACCCUGGAUACGCUGGCCGCACGGAGCUGCCAGAGAACCUCAAGGCCCUCUUCAGGCCUUGUGCGAUGGUUGUUCCAGACUUUGAGCUCAUCUGUGAGAUCAUGCUGGUAGCAGAAGGAUUCAUUGAAGCCCGACUGUUAGCCAGGAAGUUCAUCACCCUUUACCAGUUGUGUAAAGAGCUCCUCUCCAAACAGGAUCACUAUGACUGGGGCCUGCGGGCCAUUAAGUCUGUCCUCGUGGUGGCAGGAUCCUUGAAGCGAGGAGACCCCGACCGGCCAGAGGACCAAGUCCUGAUGCGCUCUUUGAGAGACUUCAACAUUCCCAAGAUUGUGACUGAUGACAUGCCAGUGUUCAUGGGCCUGAUUGGGGACCUCUUUCCUGCUUUGGAUGUCCCUCGGAGGAGAGACCUGAACUUUGAAGCCUUGGUUCGGAAGGCAGUCCUGGACCUGAAGCUCCAGGCUGAGGACAACUUUGUGCUCAAGGUGGUCCAGCUGGAGGAGCUGUUGGCUGUCCGGCACUCCGUGUUUGUGAUGGGCAAUGCUGGCGUUGGCAAGUCACAGGUGCUGAGGUCCUUACAUAAGACUUACCAGAUCAUGAAACGCCGGCCUGUGUGGAUCGACCUGAACCCCAAAGCUGUCACAAAUGAUGAACUCUUUGGCAUCAUCAAUCCGGCCACUCGAGAAUGGAAGGAUGGAUUAUUCUCUUCCAUCAUGCGUGAGCUUGCCAACAUCACUCAUGAUGGGCCCAAGUGGAUUUUAUUGGAUGGCGACAUAGACCCGAUGUGGAUUGAAUCUCUGAACACUGUCAUGGAUGAUAACAAGGUGUUAACCCUAGCAAGCAAUGAGAGGAUUCCUCUUAACCCCACGAUGCGUCUUCUCUUCGAGAUCAGCCACCUGCGCACGGCCACUCCAGCAACUGUCUCCAGGGCAGGGAUCCUGUACAUCAACCCUGCAGACCUGGGGUGGAACCCUCCAGUGAGCAGCUGGAUUGACCAGAGGGAACUCCAGACUGAGAGAGCCAACUUGACCAUCCUGUUUGACAAAUACCUUCCCACCUGCUUGGACACACUCAGAACAAGAUUUAAGAAGAUAAUCCCAAUCCCAGAGCAGAGCAUGGUUCAGACGCUCUGCCACCUUCUCGAAUGCCUCCUGACCAAGGAGGACAUCCCUGCAGACUGCCCCAAGGAAACCUAUGAACUCUAUUUUGUGUUUGCUGCCAUCUGGGCUUUCGGGGGUCCCAUAGUCCAAGAUCAGCUUAUAGACUACCGAGCAGAGUUCAGCAAAUGGUGGCUGACUGAGUUCAAGACAGUCAAGUUUCCUUCACAAGGAACAGUCUUUGACUACUACAUAGACCCAGAGACCAAGAAAUUUGAGCCUUGGGCCAAGCUCAUCCCUCAGUUUGAAUUUGACCCUGAGAUGCCUUUGCAGGCUUGUUUGGUCCAUACAAGUGAGACCAUUCGUGUGUGCUACUUCCUGGAACGGCUUAUGGAGUGGCAGCACCCUGUCAUGCUGGUGGGCUCUGCAGGCUCAGGCAAGUCAGUGCUGGUGGGAGCAAAACUGGCCAGCCUCGACCCUGAGGAAUACCUAGUGAAAAACGUACCCUUCAACUUCUAUACGACAUCAGCAAUGCUACAGGCUGUCCUGGAAAAACCUCUAGAAAAAAAAGCUGGCAGGAAUUACGGCCCUCCAGGCAACAGGAAGCUCAUCUACUUCAUAGAUGACAUGAACAUGCCUGAGAUAGAUGCCUAUGGGACGGUGCAGCCCCACACUAUCAUCAGGCAACAUCUGGACUACGGCCACUGGUAUGAUCGGAACAAGCUAUCCGUAAAAGAGAUCAUGAAUGUGCAGUAUGUCGCCUGUAUGAACCCGACUGCAGGCAGCUUUACCAUUAACCCACGCCUUCAGCGUCACUUCAGCGUGUUUGCCCUCUCCUUCCCGGGAGCUGAUGCCCUCUCUUCCAUCUAUAGCACCAUUCUGAGCCACCACCUGAGGCUUGGAAACUUCCCAGCUUCCCUGCAGAAAUCCAUCCCCUCGCUAAUCAAACUGGCCAUCAUCUUCCACCAGAAAAUCGCUACCACAUUCCUGCCUACAGCCAUGAAAUUCCACUAUGUCUUCAAUCUCAGAGAUUUGGCCAACAUUUUCCAGGGCAUCCUUUUCUCCUCAGUGGAAUGUGUGAAAUCCACCCAGGAUCUGGUAAAGCUCUAUCUGCAUGAGUCCAAUCGGGUUUAUCGAGAUAAAAUGGUAGAAGAAAAGGACUUUGAUCUUUUUGACAAAAUCCAGACAGAAGUCCUCAAGAAAAAUUUUGAUGAUAUUGAAGAGACAAUGCAGCAGACCGGGAGUCUGAACAUGUAUUGCCACUUUGCAAAUGGCAUUGGUGAGCCCAAGUACAUGCCUGUACAGUCAUGGGAACUUUUGACGCAGACUCUGGUGGAAGCCCUGGAGAACCACAAUGAAGUGAACACUGUGAUGGACCUGGUGCUCUUUGAGGAUGCCAUGCGCCACGUCUGCCACAUCAACCGCAUCUUGGAGUCCCCACGAGGAAAUGCCCUGCUGGUUGGUGUUGGUGGGAGCGGCAAGCAGAGUCUGACGAGACUGGCAGCUUUUAUCAGCUCCAUGGACGUGUUCCAGAUCACUCUGCGCAAAGGCUACCAGAUCCCUGACUUCAAGGUGGACCUGGCCAACUUGUGUCUGAAAGCUGGAGUGAAAAAUCUCAGCACAGUGUUUCUCAUGACCGAUGCCCAUGUGGCUGAUGAGAGGUUCCUGGUGCUCAUCAAUGAUCUUCUGGCAUCUGGAGAGAUCCCAGAUCUCUACACUGAUGAGGAAGUUGAAAACAUCUUAAGCAAUGUGAGGAACGAGGUCAAGAGCCAAGGUCUGGUUGACAACAGAGAGAACUGCUGGAAGUUCUUCAUAGAUCGGGUCCGACGACAGCUGAAGGUCACUCUCUGCUUCUCCCCUGUGGGGAACAAGCUGAGGAUCCGCAGCAGGAAGUUUCCAGCCAUUGUGAACUGCACUGCCAUCGAAUGGUUCCACGAGUGGCCUCAGCAGGCAUUGGAGUCCGUGAGCCUCUGCUUCUUGCAGAAAACAGAGAACAUGGAGCCUGCACUAAAGCAGUCGAUUAGCAAGUUCAUGGCCUUUGUCCACACAAGUGUCAACCAAACAUCCCAGGCUUACCUGAGUAAUGAGCAACGCUACAACUACACAACUCCCAAGUCUUUUCUGGAGUUCAUCAGACUCUACCAGAGCUUGUUGGAUAGAAAUGGAAAAGAACUCAAGUCCAAGGUGGAGCGGCUUGAGAACGGACUGUUGAAGCUUCACAGCACCUCGACCCAGGUGGAUGAUCUGAAAGCCAAGCUAGCCACCCAGGAAGUGGAGCUGAAGCAGAGGAAUGAAGACGCAGACAAGCUGAUUCAGGUAGUGGGUGUGGAGACCACCAAGGUGAGCAGAGAGAAAGCCAUCGCAGACCAGGAGGAACAGAAGGUGGCCCUCAUCAUGCAGGAGGUGCAGCAGAAGCAGAAGGACUGUGGGGAGGAUCUGGCUAGAGCAGAGCCUGCCCUCGCCGCUGCCCAGGCAGCCCUCAACACACUCAACAAGACCAACCUGACAGAGUUGAAGUCAUUUGGUUCCCCACCUCUGGCCGUCAGCAACGUAAGUGCUGCAGUGAUGGUGCUCAUGGCCCCCGGGGGCAAGGUGCCCAAGGACCGCAGCUGGAAGGCUGCCAAGAUCACCAUGGCCAAGGUGGACAGCUUCCUCGACUCCCUAAUCCACUUUGACAAGGAGAACAUCCCUGAGAACUGCCUCAAAGCCAUCAGGCCAUAUCUGCAAGACCCAGAGUUCAACCCAGAGUUUGUGGCCACCAAAUCCUAUGCAGCUGCGGGCCUCUGCUCUUGGGUUAUAAACAUCGUGAAGUUCUACGAGGUGUUCUGUGAUGUGCAACCCAAGCGUCAAGCUUUGAGCAAAGCCACCUCAGACCUCACAGCUGCCCAGGAGAAGCUGGCCGCCAUCAAAGCCAAGAUCACUCACCUUAACGAAAAUCUGGCAAAGCUCACCGCCAAGUUUGAGAAAGCAACGGCUGAGAAACUCAAGUGUCAGCAAGAAGCUGAAGUGACUGCAGGCACCAUCUCCCUUGCAAACCGCCUGGUUGGAGGACUCGUUUCUGAAAAUGUAAGGUGGGCUGAAGCUGUGCAGGACUUCAAACAACAGGAAAGGACGUUGUGUGGAGACAUUCUGUUUACUACAGCUUUCAUUUCCUACUUGGGUUUCUUUACAAAAAAGUACCGGCAGAGCCUUGUGGAUGGGACCUGGAGACCCUAUCUGAGCCAGCUGAAAGUUCCCAUCCCAGCCACCUUGACGCUGGACCCCCUGAGGAUGCUGGCCGAUGAUGCUGAUGUGGCUGCCUGGCAGAAUGAGGGGCUUCCUGCAGACCGCAUGUCAAUGGAGAAUGCCACCAUCCUUAUCAACUGUGAGCGCUGGCCGCUCAUGGUCGACCCUCAGCUGCAAGGCAUCAAAUGGAUCAAGAACAAAUAUGGAGAGAACCUCCAGGUCACCCAGAUUGGUCAGAAAGGCUACCUUCAAACCAUAGAGCAUGCCCUGGAAGCUGGCACUGUGGUGCUGAUUGAAAACCUGGAGGAAUCCGUUGAUCCUGUUCUGGGGCCUCUACUUGGGAGAGAAGUCAUUAAAAAGGGACGAUUCAUUAAAAUUGGAGACAAAGAGUGUGAAUACAACCCCAAAUUCCGGCUCAUCCUUCACACCAAACUGGCCAACCCUCACUACCAACCUGAGCUGCAGGCUCAGGCCACCCUGAUCAACUUUACUGUGACCAGGGAUGGCUUGGAGGACCAGCUGCUGGCUGCAGUGGUUAGUAUGGAGAGACCAGACCUGGAGCAGUUGAAGUCGGAUCUCACAAAGCAGCAGAACGGAUUCAAAAUCACACUCAAGACAUUAGAAGACAACCUGCUGUCUCGCCUCUCUUCAGCCUCAGGAAACUUCCUGGGAGAAACUUCCUUGGUGGAGAACCUGGAAGUCACCAAGAAAACUGCUGCGGAGGUGGAGGACAAGGUCCAGGAAGCCAAGUUGACUGAAGUGAAAAUCAACGAGGCCCGAGAACACUAUCGACCAGCAGCUGCCCGAGCCUCUCUGCUCUACUUCAUCAUGAAUGACCUCAGCAAGAUACACCCAAUGUACCAGUUCUCCCUCAAGGCCUUCAGCAUUGUCUUCCAGAAGGCUGUGGAGAGGGCCGCUCCUGGUGAAAACCUCAAAGAACGAGUGACCAAUCUAAUAGACAGCAUAACCUUCUCAGUGUACCAGUAUACCACACGUGGGCUCUUUGAGUGUGAUAAGCUAACCUACCUUGCCCAGCUCACCUUUCAGAUCCUCCUCAUGAACCAGGAAGUCAAUGUAGCAGAGUUGGAUUUCCUGCUUCGAUCUCCGGUGCAGACAGGAAUACCCAGCCCAGUGGAGUUCCUCUCCCACCAAGCCUGGGGAGGCAUCAAGGCACUUUCAUCAAUGGAAGAAUUCUGCAAUCUGGAUCGAGAUAUUGAGGGAUCUGCCAAGAGCUGGAAAAAGUUUGUGGAGUCCGAGUGUCCCGAGAAGGAGAAGUUCCCCCAGGAGUGGAAAAACAAGACAGCUCUGCAGCGCCUCUGCAUGAUGAGGGCCAUGCGGCCUGACCGGAUGACCUAUGCCAUGCGAGAUUUUGUUGAGGAGACGUUGGGAAACAAAUAUGUGGUGGGAAGAGCACUUGAUUUUGCAUCCUCAUUUGAAGAAUCAGGACCAGCCACUCCCAUGUUUUUUAUCCUGUCUCCAGGGGUGGACCCACUGAAAGACGUGGAAAAUCAAGGAAAAAAACUUGGAUAUACUUUCAACAAUCGGAACUUUCAUAACGUGUCUCUGGGGCAAGGACAAGAGGUGGUGGCUGAGGCUGCACUGGAUCUGGCUGCCAAGAAAGGUCACUGGGUUAUUCUGCAGAACAUCCAUCUUGUGGCCAAGUGGCUCAAUACCCUGGAGAAGAAGCUGGAGGAGCUCAGCCAAGACAGCCACCCAGAGUUCAGGAUCUUCAUCAGCGCUGAGCCUGCACCCUCCCCUGAGGGCCACAUCAUUCCCCAGGGCAUUCUGGAAAACUCCAUUAAGAUCACCAAUGAGCCCCCCACGGGCAUGCAUGCCAACCUGCACAAAGCCCUGGACAACUUCACUCAGGACACUCUGGAGAUGUGUUCCCGGGAGACGGAGUUCAAGAGCAUCCUCUUUGUUCUUUGUUACUUUCAUGCUGUGGUGGCAGAAAGACGGAAGUUUGGGCCACAGGGAUGGAAUCGGUCCUACCCUUUUAACGUUGGGGACCUCACUAUCUCAGUAAAUGUGCUCUACAAUUUCCUGGAGGCUAAUGCAAAGGUGCCCUAUGAUGACUUGCGCUACCUGUUUGGUGAGAUCAUGUAUGGAGGCCAUAUCACAGACGACUGGGACAGGAGGCUCUGCAGAACCUAUCUGGAAGAAUUCAUCAAGCCAGAAAUGGUGGAAGGGGAGCUCUCCCUGGCCCCGGGGUUCCCACUCCCAGGCAACAUGGACUACAGCAGUUACCAUCGGUACAUCGAUACCGAGCUGCCCCCAGAGUCGCCCUACCUUUAUGGCCUCCACCCCAAUGCGGAGAUCGGCUUCCUGACCCAGACAUCAGAAAAGCUCUUCCGCACAGUGCUGGAACUGCAGCCUCGGGACAGUCAAGCUGGAGAUGGAGCUGGGACCACAAGGGAAGAAAAGGUCAAGGCCGUUCUGGAAGAAAUACUGGAACGGGUGACAGAUGAGUUUAAUAUCCCAGAGCUGAUGGCCAAAGUGGAGGAGCGCACGCCUUACAUUGUAGUGGCCUUCCAGGAAUGCGAACGUAUGAACAUCCUUACCAGAGAGAUCCAGCGCUCACUUCGGGAACUGCACCUCGGCUUAAAGGGAGAGUUGACCAUGACCAGCAACAUGGAAAACCUACAGAAUGCCCUGUAUCUAGAUGCAGUGCCAGAGCCCUGGGCUAGGCGAGCCUACCCUUCCACAGCAGGCUUGGCAGCCUGGUUUCUGGACCUCCUCAACAGAAUCAAGGAGCUGGAGGCCUGGACAGGUGACUUUGUGAUGCCCUCCACUGUGUGGCUGACAGGCUUCUUCAACCCGCAGUCCUUCCUGACUGCUAUCAUGCAGUCCACGGCACGCAAGAAUGAAUGGCCACUAGACCAGAUGGCCCUGCAAUGUGACGUGACCAAGAAGAGCAGAGAGGAGGUCAGGAAUACUCCUCGGGAAGGGGCCUACAUCCACGGCCUCUUCAUAGAAGGUGCCCGCUGGGAUACACAGGCUGGAAUCGUUACAGAGGCGAAGCUGAAGGACCUGACACCCCCCAUGCCUGUGAUGUUCCUCAAGGCCAUCCCAGCAGAUAAGCAGGAUCGCCGCAGUAUCUAUGCUUGUCCUGUGUACAAGACUUGUCAGCGGGGACCCACCUACGUGUGGACCUUCAACCUAAAGACUAAGGAAAACCCAUCUAAGUGGGUUCUGGCUGGUGUCGCCUUGCUUCUCCAAGUUUAGUUUCCUGCAGGCCCUGGGGAACAAGGGAGGAGGCUGGAUGGACGUUCCCUAACAGGACAGGUGGGUGAGGGGUGACGGCAGAUGCUAAAUCAUUGAGCACUGAAUUUCUGUAGUAGACCUAAGGAGCCUAAAGUGAGGGUGAGCUAGCCAGUGGGCCUAAGAAUGAUGGGAGAAUUCUGUAGUCGCGAAUCUUUUCCAAUAAAAGGAUUUAUUCA